CGGGCGGCUGGCGUGAACGUGUUGACGUCACGGCGCCCAGCAGCCAUGGCCGCUUGCAGCGUGUCGGCCUUCUCUGUUUAUCGGAGCCUGACGGCGGAGAACGGGCUUAGCGUUCAGACUGAUGGACAAUCAAAUAAGACAAGUCAGGAAAAACAAAAGCGUUCCCUACGUUUGUCCAGGAGGAACAGGAUAAUCAAGAGGAAACGAAAAUAUUUAAAAGUUAAAACGGAAUCCUCAUUAGAUAUUCACGUUGUGAAUAAUGCCGAAAUAUUACAAAGGACAAAUGACUAUGCCGAGAAGGAGUCCACGGGUCACCGUGCUAAAAGAAAAAAUAAUGGUAAACGGGUGCAUAAAAUUAAAAAGCUGAAGUUAAAGCCUAGGAAAGCCACAGCACUGUCCAGCGAUGUUCCAACAAGCUGUUCAACAGUAAAGAGUGCAACAACUUCCAAGGCAGGGUUUCCUAGGAAACCAUUCCAGACCAAAGAUUCAAGACCUUGGACAGGACCAUCGUUAUCAAUACUACUUCGGGACCUACGUCACAUACAGAACAGUAAGGAAAGAUCAGUUAAACUCUUCGAAUGGUUAAUAGCACCAGUUGCUCCAAAGAGGUUUUUCAGCGACAUUUGGGAAAAGACCCCAGCUUUGAUUAGGCGCCAUAAUGGCAGCUACUACAAAGGAUUAUUCUCCUCAGAAGAUUUUGACAGAAUCCUGAGAGAGGACCAUGUCAAUUUUGGAGUAAACCUGGAUGUAACAAGUUAUUUUGAUGGGGAAAAGGAAACCCAUACUCCUACUGGCAGGGCAUUACCUGUAGUGGUGUGGGACUUUUAUAAGAAUGGAUGUUCUUUGCGGCUGCUGAAUCCUCAAGUCUUUUCUGGAACUGUUUGGAAUGUGCUUUCUAUUCUUCAGGAGUCUUUUGGGAGCAUGGUUGGGGCUAAUGUUUAUCUGACUCCUCCUGGGAACCAGGGAUUUGCACCACAUUAUGACGACAUAGAAGCAUUUGUGAUUCAGCUAGAAGGAAGAAAGAGCUGGCGUGUCUAUGAUCCUAGAUCAAAUGAAGAAAUUCUUCCAGGUGUUUCAAGCCGUAACUUUACUCAGCAGGAAAUGGGCACUCCUAUUAUGGAUACUGUACUUGAAGCUGGAGACAUGCUGUACUUUCCUAGAGGCUUUACCCACCAAGCAACCUGCACAUCUGAAGUGCAUUCCCUCCACAUCACCCUUUCAACUUUUCAGAGAAACUCUUGGGGAGAUCUGCUACGUAAACUUUUUCCUGGUACCUUGGACUUAGCUAUAGAAGAUGAUAUGGAAUUCCGUGAGGGCUUGCCCGUUGAUUAUCUAGAAUAUAUGGGAGUGCAGAAUUCUGAAAGGGAAGAUGACCCACGGAGGGAAACAUUUAAUAAAAAGAUAUAUAAUUUAAUGAGAAAGUUGCUCAAAUAUGCACCAAUUGAUGCAGCUGUUGAUCAGAAAGCCAAAGAUUUUAUCCAUGACUGCCUACCCCCUGUGCUUACAAAAGAGGAACUAGCAUGCACUGUGUACAGUGCACCAGCCCGAUGGAGAGAUGGUGGGCCACGCAACAUUGUUCUGCAGAUACGAGGAAGCACCCGGGUACGAAUGCUUCGCAGUAACAUUGCCAGAUUAUGUGGUGAGGAUGGCAGCAUACUGCUGUACUACACAAUAGAAAAUUCCAGAGACUACCACAAGGAGGAAGAAAAAUGCAUAGAAAUAGAUCCAGAGCUUGCUGAUGGUGUAGAACUCUUGCUUUGCUCAUACCCUCAAUAUAUAAAAGUUGAUAGCCUUCCAGCUGGAAAUCUGGAUGACAAGAUCUCUUUAGCUGCUGCCUUGUACGAGAAAGGUCUACUAAUGACUGAAUAUCCAUUGCUGCCUAAGAGGGACUAAUCUUUUACUAGGAACUGGACCUUUUAAACGAGUUUCAUAUCCAGUUAUAAUCUAUUACAAAGUUAACAUAUAAUUGUUCAUUGUACAAAAUACUUUAAUAUCAGAUUUGAUUUAAAUAGGUUUUUUUUCAGUCUGACUUGUCCUAAAACUUGCCCUUUUUUAUGUAACAAUUGGUUUACAUCCAAAAAUGAAGCAAGACCAUACCGACUACUGAGGAAUGAAUGCCUUGCUAACUGUAAUGACUGUGUAUUCAAUGAUUUGUGUCUUUACACAGCUGCUAUUGAAGUAUCCUAUGUAUUUUGCCGUACUUUCUAUGCGCAUAUACAGCUAAACAUUUAGAUUUUGUGAAGUAGAGAUGUGCAGAACAUGCAGAUGAGCAUUUGAAUUAUGGUUUUAUAACUGAUGCCACAAUGUGAGGGGGUGACAGAAUGCUUUGAAAAAAUAACUAUUAAAACAAAUUAUGUAACUUUA